UGGGCUUUACCACAGGAGAGGGUAACAGACACAGAUGUGCUGAGGACAGAGAACAGAGGGAGUCAAAGCUGUGCCCUAAAUGCAGUCAUGGAGCACAACCUGGAACAGUGAGAGGUGAGAAUGAGAGCUCCCAGAGGGCAUCAGAUAAUUCUCUGACAGCCAAAAAUCGAUCAGUUGUUACAGAUUUGCAUUUCUGGAGGGUUUGACAGAGAAGAGCAUGUAUGGCCUUAGAGCACGUAAAGCACUGCAAGGACAGGCAGUUGUGAGGAGUGAUCACUGUCCAGCAUGGCCUGAGUUGGGUUCAGUAGGACUGGGCAGCUCUGGUUUUGUUUCAACUAGUUACUGAGAGAGAGUUCCCUGGUCUGGAAUCUAGUUUUCAUGUAUGUCUCUGGAAUCUUUUCAGCUCUCUGCUUUCAAGACCACAGGCUCUCAAGCAGCACCUGCCUUUGGAAUGGGAGGACAGCAAACCUCAGGCUUUGGGCUGUCAAGCUUUCCAGUGAGCAGCAGCAGCAGUACCAGUGCCAGCAGUUUCUCCUUUAAAGCCAGUUCCAGCCUCGUCAGUUCAACAUCAUCUGGGAGCAGCCCUGCUGCUGGGAGCUCUUCUGCUGCUGCAAAUCCUCCUGCAUUUGGGACAGCAUCCUCUCCUAGCGCAGCCCAGUCCGUUGGCUUUGGCAGCCCGGCCGCUCCCUCCGCAGCCUCCUUCUCCUUUAAAGCAGCUGCCCCGGCUGGUGGCUUUGGGACUUCUGGCUUCUCAGGCUUUGGCAGUGCUUCUGCUGUGAACUCUGCAAGCACCACUCCAGCAGCCUUUGGAGCCUUUGGUGCCAGCGGAGCCACUUGUGGCUCUCCUUCGAGCGGUGCUUUAUUUGGACAGAGCGCCAGUGCCUCUGGCCAUCCUGUCACCUCAGCGUCUGCUGCAGCCACCAACUCCAGCCCUGCCUCAGAGAAGUUAUUCACACCCAAGAGCGAACUGUCAGCUGAAGAGUGGCAGCAGUUUGAAGCAAAGGAGUUCACAAUUGGAAAGAUUCCUAUUAAGCCACCACCAUUAGAACUUUUAAAUGCUUUCGACCUUUUAAGUUUAUUCAGAAGUAACAUGUUUUGAAAUGAAAGAAAAUGCUACUUUUAACUUUUAUUUAAUCUCUCAAGUCUCGUGGAAGAAUAAAAUUACAAGUAUAAACAUG